GGCGAUUUUCGCUGCCCAGCGAUCGUCCGACACAGUAUAAUAACCAUGGUCCACGGCCAACAAUCCCCAGACUUAAUUCUCCUACACACACUUGACUGACUGUUGAAAGAUCCGAACUUGUGAUUCUUUAACACCCUCCAUAUGCUUCCAAUCGUCGUGAAGCUGCUAUCACCACUACUCAAACCUUUGCGCAGCAUGGACUGCUCGAUGACUCGCCCAUCGGCGACAUCUCGAUUUCCUUUCUUCCCCUUCUCGCUAUGGUCGAAGAAGCCACAGCAAUCAGUAUCAACACAAACACAGACACAGGCUCAGACCCAGACACAAACCCCACAGUCAGCGAAGAUGCGACCGCAGCUUCAGAUUCAGACCUCAACACCGACACAAACCCAGCUUCCACCCUCCCCGCCCGAUACACCCGUCAUGGUCGAACACCCUCAGCAAACCGCCGAGGAGCUGGCGGAGCGCGACCACCAGGAUCGCGAAACUGCGCGACAGGAGGCUCUUGACGAGCUAGACAGUCUUGUCGGCCACGAGAACGUCAAGCGCCAGUUGCGCGGUGUGCAGACUUGGGUGCAAAUCUGUCGGCGACACGGUCGUGACCCCAAAAACGAAUGGUACAACAUGGCCUGUGUGGGUAAUCCAGGCACGGGCAAAACUACCGUCGCGCGCAUCUACGCAAAGAUGCUCUAUGCUCUUGGGAUCUGCGACUCACAAGCUGUGUGUGAGACGACUGGACUCGACCUCGCCAGCCAGGGACCGGACGAAGUCAAGCAGAUGAUUGACCGUAUCGCUGGCGUGGAUUCGUUGGCCCACACAGCGGGUGUGCUCAUCGUCGACCAACCACACAUGCUGGGAGAGUCUAUCUCACCCCAAGCGACAGAGCAGAUUCUUGCAAGUUUCUUGCAGGCUCUCGAGCGCAAGAAAGGCCGCAUAGUGGUGAUCUUCUCUGGCGAGGAGUCAGCGCUAACCACCUUCCUGCGCGAUCACCCGCGUCUGCAGCAACGGAUCUGCAGCACAUUGCGGUUCUAUGACUUUGAUCGUAGCGACCUCGCCCAGCUUCUCGCUCGUCGCAUUGCAAUCGAGUACCAGGGUCGCAUGCAGGUUGAAGGUGGUCUCGAGGGCCCCUAUGUUCAGGCAGCAGCUCGAAGACUGGCGCGCGGGCGCGCCGUCUCGGGCUUCACGAACGCCCAUGCCGUGCGUGAGCUGGUGAAGACGGUCGCGCAGCGCCAGGCUCACUGUCUAGCGGAUCAGCAAGACAGCGGUAUGGAUGAAGUAGACUACUUCUUCUUCUCUAAGGACGAUCUGCUGGGCCCACGACCAGAGCAAACACGCGCCCACAGCGAGGCAUGGGCGGCUAUGCAGAAGCUUGUCGGUCAGGACCCCCUGCAGAUGUCCAUCAAUGAAGUGUUUGAUGUGACCGAAGAGAACUACCACCGGGAGGUUCGCAAUCAGCGUCGUCUGCCUCUCAGGGUGAAUCGCAUCUUUGCGGGGCCACCAGGCACCGGAAAGAGCACGGCAGUUCGGUUAUAUGCGCAGAUACUCCUCGAGUUGGGACUGUUGACAAAUGGAGAGGUUCGGGUCAAACCCUGGUCAGCUCUCUCGCAACUCGAUGCAGACAGUAUCCGCACUCUUGUCGAGAGCAACAACGGGAAUGUCCUUGUCAUCGACAUCGAUGCCGACCGCCAAGAUUUGUCUCGGGGUCAGACUGCGCUGGACGCGACUGCCCUGGAGAACCUGUGGAUUCCACGGGACAACCACUGCACUGUUGUGGUCGGUGCACACAAUGCCGUCAGCCACAUUCUGCAUCAGACCGGAUCGCACUCACGUCUGAGUCGCGCUCUUGACACUCAGCUUGUGCGCUUCGCACCCCUUACACGCGACCAUCUAGAAGAGCUCUUUCAUAGCAAGCUCCGCGAGCAGGACUUGGACGUCACUCCCGACGCCUUUCAAGCCGCUUUGGACAUGCUCGACACGGCCCGUAUGCGCCAGGACUUUGACCACGCCCGUGCCGUCGAACAUCUUCUGGCAGCGGCGCAGUAUCACUUUGAGCGACGAACCCGGGUCGGCGCAAAGGGCGAGACAAUUCCUCGUAUACUUGAAGGAAGAGACUUCAACCCCGAGCUGGUCGGUGGUACACCCGCCUUGGGCUUUCGCGAGGAGCUACGCCAUUCCAUCGUCCCUGACGAUAUUAUUUCUAUACUGAAGCGGUAUCACCACGAGAUGAAGAUCGCCUGGAUGCAAGGGCUAAACCCGGGCAAGCGGAUGCCUUGCGGAUUUGUGUUCAAGGGAGCAUCUGGCACAGGGAAAAAGACUGUCGCCCGCGAGCUUGGCACGCUGUACUACAAAAUGGGGGUUUUGUCUCAUGGCGAGCUGGUGCCCUGUUCGAUUGCCGAUCUGCUCGCUCCGCACAUGUAUCCCACUGCGAUUCGCGCAAGGGCCCAACUUGACCGUAGUCGCGGUCGGGUUUUGUUUAUCGAGGAUGCGCAUCGCUUGGGCGAGGUGGAGGGGCCCACGAAGCAUGCGGUGGAUGAGUUCGUCUAUCAACUCCCUCGGUAUCUGGAUCAGACCGUGGUGGUUCUGGCUGGACCCGCCCAAGAGAUGGACCAGAUGCUCGCCAAUCGACCUCGCCUGGCAGCACUGUUCCAAGAGGAAAUUAUUUUCCGCAACCCGACCCCCAGAGAGUGUCUGAGACUGCUGGAUCGACGGUUGACGGAGCAGAAGGUCCCCGGACCUCGACUCUACUUGACCGACCCUCGCACCCCGAGCCACCGUGAGUUCACCCGUGCCAUCCAGAUUCUUUCGAUGUUCCCGUGUUGGAGCAAUGCGCGGGAUAUUGAGGUUCUGGCUCGCUGGAUGGUGGCAGCGUGUGUCAAGGACUUGUCGUUGGAGGGGGUUGGUGACAAAGAGUUAGACAAGAUUCAGUUGGGUGAGGAGCAGGCAAUGGGGGCUAUGGUCAAGUUGUUCAGCUUGAAGCGAGAUCGACUUCGAUUCAACCAGGACCCCAAAGCCCGAGCUCUGCCUCGAAUCUUGUCCCAGCCCCGGUUGACCGAUCGGACGGGAGUGAAAUUUCCCGUCUAGAGAGUGAGCAUGCGGAACUGAAGAGGGGAUGAUUGUGGCGGCCUCAGGCUGUCAGGCAUGCAGGCACGAUGUAUGUACUGUACGGGCGCCGCGACUCAAGGAGCUUUCGGAUUGGGAAACCACCACGAUUCCGGUGCCCGGCGGGACUCGGGAUGGAUUUGUAUAGUAUAGUCACGGUCGCUACCGGACGAAAGUCGCUCCUUACCUAUCUUUCCUUUGUUUCAUUUCCUAUAUCCUGUUCUGUUUUGGCAUUUCUUUUGUAUGAUGGUCUCCUUGAUGGAUGAC